CCGACGAGUCGUGUCGCCCUCGCCGCGUGUCCUCCAAACGGCGCGCGGGCCGUGCGCGCGCGCCGCCCGCCCAGUCGCCAGCCGCCCGCCCCAUCGAACACACCACAACGCAGGAGUUACGGAGGACCCGCAUCGUCUUUACCUCAUGGACCCGGGUUGAUUUUAAAGCAACAUGUCUUUUCGGAAUUAUUCAUUCGAUUCGUCGUCAUACGGGCGGAACACUGCUAGAGCGGGCACCAGCUCCACUGAACGGCCCACGUCCGUCACAGCCAAAUAUCUCAACACAACGCCCUCUUUCAAGACCUCAAGCAUCCCCAUCCCCAGCACCGAGCGUACCAGAGACGAAACCCCCAUUUCCGCAAUCGCCAACCGCUAUGCCAGUUAUAGCACCAAGACUGAAAAAGAUAAACCUCCCCCACCUACCCCCACUGCUUCCAAAUAUGAGAGGAAGGAUUACAAACUCUCCGUGCCACCAGCUGCAACCGCCAGGAGCAGAGACGUCAGCCCCGUGUCAACGAAAUACGGCCUCACGCGACCCUCCAGACAUUUGAGCCCUGAAAGGAAACCCAAAUCAUAUAAAGAUUUGAAAAGCAGAGACCCCAGUCCUUCAGAUCGCGACAAAGACAUUCCAAGCAAGACUGACAAGUCUUCAGGCUACAAUAGCCUGUCGAGUUACAAAUUGUAUCCACGCCCUGCACCAACGUAUACACGACCCUCAUCGAGGGCGGAAACUAAGCCAGAAUCUUCCUACAGUAGGCCUUCUUCAAGGGCUGAAAUUAAGCCCGAUACUUUAUAUACCAGACCUUCAUCUAGAACAGAGAUAAAAUCAGAACCCAGUUACGCAAGACCGUCAUCAAGAGCAGAAACCAAAUCGGAUACUGGUUAUACACGUCCUUCCUCAAGGAAUGAGACGAAACUGGAUACCACGACGUCCUAUACAAGACCCUCACCUAGAACAGACAUAAAGUCAGAUGUAAAUAGAUACGGAAUUUCUAAUCGGCUAUCUAAUAAUUAUUUAAGAAGUCCUCCUACAGUAAAAAGAACAUCGGUUUCGCCUGUAAACCACGCCGAAAACUCUAAAACAGAACCUGAGAAGAAAUCAGUGUCGCCGUGUACGGUGAUAAAAGAAGAGUUACCAAAAAAAGAAAUGGUUGAAAACAACAAAGAGAUUGUAGAAAACGGUGUCGACAAUACAGAAGAAGAAGAAGAUUGUGAAAUGGAAACUGUUAUAGUUAUAACACGUCAUACAUCACCUACACCACCUGGGUCUUCUGUUUAUGUGAGAACAAGGAGAGCUGAUAUGGCAAAAACUAUAGAAAAGACUAGAACGCGAAAAAAGAAACGACCAGAAAUGGUAGAUAGAGAAAUACAAUCAGAUCGAUUAGAUGAUCCUACACGUUGUAGUAGAUUCGGUAGCACUGCUCGCGCUAGUACUUUAACAAAUUGGUCUUUAUACACACCUAGCGCUACCAGUUACACGGGAUAUGCAGGUCGCUACUCUACACAACACUCUACUCUCCGAGAUAAUUCGACAAAUAACGGCUAUAAUGAUAGAAGUAGCCGUAGUGUUAGUACAGAACCUCACCCAAGAGACACAGAACCUAGCAGUCCCUCUAUAGAGAAGAAACUUACGUCUCCUCCUAAUGUGAUUGAAUCUAAUCAAGAUAUCACAUUAUAUGGACAAAAUAGAGAUGAUGAUACAUCAGAAAUUAUAAUUAAUGUAAAUCUUAAGUUGACCAGAGCAAAAAGUCCUUUAGCAGUCGCCUCUGCUGAAUUGGUAUCACCUGAAAUUACAAUAACUAAUAGUCAAUUACCACCACAAGUACCUAAAGCUGAAAGCGCAACUAAACCAAAAAAGGUAAAGGUGCGAAAAACAAGUUCAGAUUCGUCUACAGAUUCGUCAACGAAAAAAAAAGUGAUAAAACGCAAAAGUAAAUCAGGUAGUUCGUCAGAUUCCGAUCACAAUUCAGAAGCUGUAGACAAAUCAAAAGACACUAAAUCGGUUUCCCCGUCAAAAAGCAAUCAUAAAAUAUCAUCAAGUAGCAAUUUAUCUAAUGGACAUAUGAAAUUAAAACAUUCCAAAUCACGCGAAAGCAAUAGUCCUGAAUCUAGUAUCACUUUGUCUACACAGUCUUCGCUUAGUGAAGAAGAUAUGACGUCGAAAUCUAAAACAAACGAAGUCUCCAGAACAUCAGCGGACGAAGCAUCGAUACCUACCGACCGAUCAGCAAAACAGCAAUCUCCAGUAUCCCACAAAAACGAAGGCGCUACUGAAGAAGCAAAGUCAUUUUUAAUUAGGCCCUGGCACCUGUCACUAGCUUAUUUAAACGGCACCAAGAGAGCAGUGAUAGCCGUUGGUUAG